AUAUCUUUUUCUCUCUCUCUCUUUCUUUCUCUCGCGAUGUGCUGAAAGGACAAAGGAAUUUGGAAUCAGAAGGAAGGGUUUGGAAUCGAUUGAUCUGGAAUCAGAGGAAGGGUUUGGAUUCGAAGGAUCUGGAGAUGAGUAGCGAAGGCGAUUGACUCGGUGGAGAUGGAUGCGAUUGACAGAAUCGAGUCCGAGAUUUGGAGAUUACCUUCGUGUUCGAAUGUUUAGGAGAGAAUUAGCUUCGUGCUCUAUAGUUUCUGUGGUGAUUUGUUUUGUUAUGUGCUUUGAUUUUGCUUCACAGAACAAGCUGCAGAAUCUAGCUGGACAGCAUUCUGAUGUUCUCGAGAAUCUGACUCCUAAAAUCAGAAGACCUGUUGAGGUCUUGCGGGAGAUUCAGCGUUUUGAUAUUGUGAAUGGAGCUACCGACGUUGAAGGGGCUCCAGAGGAUACUAAGAUGGACCAAGGAGACGACAAAACUGGAGAACAGAAAGGAGUUCCUAGUUUCUGGUUGACCGCCAUGAAAAACAACGAUUUUAUAUCUGAGGAGGUUGGUGUUGCAGCUAGGGUCGUUCAUUUAGACAGAGCGUGAUGAAGGAGCCCUUAUAUAUCUUAAAGAUAUUGGGUAAUUGUUGAUGAAGAUGAAGAUGAGCCUCUGCUUGAGAAGGCUAUUGGCUGAGGAACUUCAGAAUCUGAUGGAACAAGACUACGACAUUGGUUCUACGAUCCGGGAGAAGAUUAUACCUCAUGCUGUCUCAUGGUUCACUGGUGAGGCUAUUGAGGGAGAGGAGUUUGAAAUAGACAAUGAAGAUGAAGAUGAUAUUGAUGAAGACGAAGAUGAGGAUGAAGAAGAUGAUGAGGAUGAGGAAGAAGAAGACGACGAAGAUGAGGAGGAAGAAGUAAGCAAGACCAAAAAGAAGGUCCUGUACUGA